AUGAUCUGGCUUGUGGCGGGCAUUAUCGUCUUUCUGGGCAUCCAUUCGGUGCGCAUGGUGGCGCCGGACUUUCGCGAUGGCGUGAUCGCCGAACGCGGCGAGGGGUUUUGGAAGGGCGUCUAUUCGGCCGUCUCGCUGAUCGGCUUCGUGCUGCUGAUCUGGGGUUUCGGCGAGGCCCGCAUGGUUGCGCCGGUCCUGUGGGUACCGCCGACAUGGAUGGCGCAUAUCAAUCUUCUGCUGAUGCUGCCGGCGCUGAUCCUGCUGGUCGCCUCGCAACUGCCGGCCGGCUACAUCAAGCGCGCCGUCAAGCAUCCGAUGAUCCUGGGCGUUAAGGUCUGGGCAUUCGGCCAUCUGCUUGCCAAUGGCGAUCUGGCAUCGCUCAUCCUUUUCGGCGCGUUCCUGGGCUGGGGCGUGUGGAACCGUAUUUCGGUCAAGCGGCGCGGCGAUCCGGUGUAUGACAAUCCGGCCGUCCUUUACGACGGCAUCGCGGCGGUCGUCGGCACCGCGCUUUAUCUGUGGCUGAUCCUGCAGGGCCAUCUGUGGCUGUUCGGCGUGCCGCCGGUUGUCGAAGAGGAGCUUCGCUCCGAGCGGCUCAAGAACUUCUGGGAACGGUUCGGUGCGUCCGCAUCGGGCGACCGGUUCCUUGAAGCACUCAACCUUGCCAAUGACGGCCAGUCCGACGCCGCCAUGGAACGGUUGCGCUCACUCGAAGCCGACGGAUUCGGACAAUAUCCCGUUCUGGCGCGGAUGCGCGCGGCGACGGUGCAGUUGGAACAGGGCGAAACCGAUGCGGCCGUUACCGCGUUCGAUGCGAUCGCCGCCGACCGCUCCGUUCCGGUCGCGCUGCGCGACAUGGCGCGGCUGCGCGCGGCCUAUGUGAUGGUCGAUCACGGCAGCUACACCGAUGUCGCCAGCCGCGCCGAACAACUGACCGCGUCCGACAAUCCGCUGCGCCAUUCGGCGCGCGAGGCGAUGGGCCUUGCCGCCUGGAACGAAGACCGCUUUGCCGACGCAAAACGCCUGUUCGACGAGAUCCUGAACGACGAAUUGGCGCCGCAGGGCGUUGCCGGUCGCGCGCAGAUGAUGGUCGAGUUGAUCGUGGCCAGCGCCAUGUCGUUCACCAUCGCCAUUGUCGGCCGGCCCAAUGUCGGCAAGUCGACGCUGUUCAACCGUCUGGUGGGCCGCAAGCUCGCGCUGGUGCAUGACGAGCCCGGCGUCACCCGCGACCGGCGCCGGCAUGAAGCACGGCUUGUCGACCUGCGUUUCGAUGUCAUCGACACGGCCGGGCUUGAGGAAGGCGAUGCGUCAACGCUGCCCGGCCGCAUGCGCGCGCAGACGGAGAUUGCCGUCGGCGAAGCCGAUCUGGCGCUUUUUCUCGUCGAUGCCAAGAACGGGCUGACCGCCGCCGACCGGACCUUCGCCGACAUAUUGCGCCGCUCGGGAAAGCCCGUCGUCCUUGUCGCCAACAAGGCCGAGGCACGCGGUGCCGAAGCAGGGCUCUACGAUGCCUAUGCGCUCGGGCUCGGCGAAGCUGUGCCGGUUUCCGCCGAGCACGGUCAGGGCCUGGGCGAUCUGCGCGACGCGAUCGUUGAGGCCAUCGGCGAGGAGCGGGCCCUGGCGCACGAGCGGGAGGGCGGCGCCGACGAGGCCGAGACCGACAUCGCCGUCGAGGACGUGCCCGAGGGCGAAGAGCCCGCCUAUGACGACACCAAGCCCUUGCGCAUCGCCAUCGUCGGCCGCCCCAAUGCCGGCAAGUCGACGCUGAUCAACCGGCUGGUCGGUCAAGAGCGCCUGCUGACCGGGCCCGAGGCGGGAAUCACGCGUGACUCGAUUUCGGUCGACUGGCAGUGGCGGGGGCGCAAGGUGCGCCUGUUCGAUACCGCCGGCAUGCGGCGCAAGGCGCGCGUGCAGGAAAAGCUUGAAAAGCUGUCGGUCGGCGAUGCGCUGCGGGCGAUCCGCUUCGCCGAGGUCGUCGUUGUGGUUUUCGAUUCGAUGAUUCCGUUCGAAAAGCAGGACUUGCAGAUCGUCGAUCUGAUCGCGCGCGAGGGCAGGGCGCCCGUCAUCGCGUUCAACAAAUGGGACCUGGUCGAGGAUCGGCAGGAGCGGCUGGCCGACCUGCAUGAACGCACCGCGCGCCUUCUGCCGCAAAUCCGUGGCGUCCGUGCGGUUCCGGUCUCGGGUGAAACCGGCUACGGGCUCGACCGGCUGAUGGACGAGAUCGUCGCCACCCACAAGGUUUGGAACCGGCGCGUCGCGACGGCGCGGCUGAACAAAUGGCUCGACGCCGUCGCCCAGCAUCAUCCGCCGCCAGCCGUCUCGGGCCGCCGGAUCAAGCUCAAAUACAUCACCCAGGCGAAGACCCGUCCGCCGGGCUUCGUCCUGUCCUGCUCACGGCCCGAUGCGCUGCCGGCAUCCUAUUUGCGCUAUCUGACCAACGCGCUGCGCGAGGAUUUCGACCUGCCCGGCGUGCCGGUGCGGCUGAUGCUGCGCUCGCCCGACAACCCGUUCGCAGGCAAGGCCAAACGCCGAAGGUGA